GAUGGCUGCCAAGAGUUUUGCAUUCCGCCUCAAAGGCUCCCGGCGCUUUUUAAGUGGCUUCGUGGCCGGAGCCGUAGUGGGCGCCGCGGGGGCCGGGCUCGCGGCCUCGCAGUUCUUGCGGGGUCGGGGCGAUGAGGCUGCCUUGACGGUGAGGGAGCCGGAAGGUUCUGCAGAAAAGGCUCUCUUGGGACAAUUUGGAUUUCCUCUAACUGGAACAGAGACUAGGUUUUACACUAAUCAUGCCUUGUCUUAUGACCAGUCUAAGCGGGAGCCUAGAUGGGUUCUUGAACAUAUAUCCAAAAGCAAGAUAAUGGGUGAUGCAGACAGAAAAGAUUGUAAAUUCAAGCCUGAUCCCAACAUCCCUCCAACCUUCAGCGCCUUCAACACGGACUAUAUUGGAAGUGGGUGGUCGCGAGGACACAUGGCUCCAGCAGGAAAUAACAAAUUUUCACCUAAAGCAAUGGCUGAAACCUUUUACCUUUCUAACAUUGUGCCUCAGAAUUUUGAUAAUAAUGCUGGAUAUUGGAACAGAAUUGAAAUGUACUGUCGAGAACUGACAGAGAGGUUUGAAGAUGUUUGGAUAGUGUCUGGGCCGCUGACCUUACCUCAGACUGGAAGCGAUGGGAAAAAAACAGUUAGUUACCAGGUGAUUGGCGAGGACAACGUGGCGGUUCCCUCGCACCUUUAUAAGGUGAUCCUGGCGCGCAGAAGCCCAGCGUCUAUGGAACCGCUGGCACUGGGCGCCUUUGUGGUGCCCAACGAAGCCAUUGGCUUCCAACCCCAAUUAAGUGAAUUCCAAGUGAGCCUUCAGGACCUGGAGAAGUUAUCAGGACUGGUGUUUUUCCCUCUUCUGGAUAGAACUGGUGAUAUCAGGAACAUCUGUUCUGUGGACACCUGUAAGCUCCUGGAUUUCCAGGAGUUCACUCUGUACUUGAGCACAAGGAAACUUGAGGGAGCCCGAUCGAUACACAGACUGGAAAAGAUCAUGGAAAACCUGAAGAACGCAGGGAUUGAGCCCGAUGACCAUUUCCUGAGUCGCUAUGAGAAGAAACUAGAACAACUUAAAGCUAAGGAGGAGGCAAGACUCCUGGAGAAAAAGCCAUCCUAGUUUUUAUCUCAGAAGUGGGAUAUCAUCUGCACUGAAGCAGACAUGCCCUCUCCAGGCUCAUCUAUUUCAGUGGCUUUGCUUAUUUAAAAAAAAAAAGGAUGGAAUCCUAAAUUUAAGACUUAGUUUCUCCCAAAAAGAUGAAAGAUUGAAGAAUUUUUUGGUUAGUAUUUUAUUUGACGUGGGACCUGAUUGUUAAGGAAACUGUGACACCUAUAGAUCAAGGGCUGAUCUUGUGUCAGGUUAACCCAUAAGAUGACACCGUGUUCAUGUCCCUCUGAAUGCGUUGUACGUGAAGGCAUUUUAUUGUCAUGUUUCCAAGUCGUGCAGCGUCUCAUGCGCCGGCUCAGUGUUCUUGGAACCCGGUAUUGUCAGUGUCCUUUCCUGAGGACCUGAGUUGAUCUUAGAGAUAGCGUUUAGAGAGCCUCUAUGUGUUAUCCUGCCCACACGUAUAGACAGGGUGGGCAAACAUAGGUUUACAGCUUUUUGUUCAAUAAGAAAUAGCACUACGAGAAUAAACUCUUCAGAUGCUCACACACGCAAACCUCCGUCUGCCCACCCCUGUUUGUUUCUUGAUCCUCCUCCCACGGAACCUGCUGUUUCCGUCUUAGAGAAGCGCUCCGCAACACCUUCCGCUCGCGUCUUGUGUUCUAUAGAAUAAGCUGAAUGCUUUACAUGUAUUAUCUUAUAGUGACCCUCUGAGAUAAAUACCACUGUCCCCAUUUUACUCAUGAGGAAACAGAUGAGUAAAUCCAAGGCUUACCUUUGAAGAAGUAACCCACCAGGAAUGAGUCACGCGGGACUAAGAAGAAAUCACGGGGUGCAUCCAUGUCCCCGUACACAGAGGCUUUGGACUCAGAAAUACAUACCUGCAUGGGCAUCUGUGGUCCUGGGGUCUGCUUGGUAAGUGAGGUCUGGUUUCUUGUCUGUCAUCGAGCCAAGGGGAUUUGAAUGGCCUCUGACUUUAGCUCUUUGGGAAGAAACAAUCGCAGGUACUUGAAAGUUGGAGGGCAUUGCUUUGUGGGGUUUAUCAGAAGCCCCACUUGCCUCUAGAAAUGCAGUUCUUUCAAGUGACUCCAUGCUGCCGACCUGAUGUUGUUCCAAAGACUGAGGAACCGAAGAAGGGCCUGUGCCCAGCGAUUCGCCUGCUCGGGGUGUGCUCACCUCCGUGCCUGCUGUGUGCCUGGGUAGCACGGGCAGGCAGUGUCGUCUCUGGGGAAACGGGAGUCUUUCCAUGGGCUGCCCUAAGGGUAGGCAGCAGAGCGUCUUAAAGGAGGGUCGAGGAGCUUGUCUCAAUGCAUCAUAUCGCUGCUGCCUCUCCAAGGGUGUUACCGGAACAACUUUUGUGGUGCUUUUGUUUCUAACAGAAAUGCCAGGGCUUUAAGAUUAAGGUAGGAUGAUAAGAAUAAGGAUAUUAACCUUGUUCUGCUUUCUGGGGGGGGUAAAGAAAGAAAGAAAUUAGGGGGUCAGAACAUGGUAGCCUGAUUAAUAUCAUCCUCUUUUAUCACAUUGUUUCCCGUCCGCUUGUGCCAGC